GCGACAGGGCCGCCAACAGUUGCCAUGGAUGCAGGCACAGCCAGCGCCAGCUCUGCCAGCCGAGUGAAUGGGACAACAAGCACUGCGCAGGCUUCUGACUUGAGAGCGGCAUGCGCUGCAGAUGCAGGUGCUACUUCUACGAUGCUUUUGGACGCAAAGGAAACGCAGCCCUUUGAAGAUUUGCUGAGCAGCAGUCGUGGCGCCAUGCCAGAGCGCCAUGUCCAGCUUUUUCGACAGCUACAGUUCAAAUGGCAGUGCUACGAUGCCUAUUGCCGUGUUUGUCUGGGCUUAGGAUUGAAUCACAUUUUGCAGGCGCUGACGUACUACUGCAUUUGCCACGCCAUUGUUGAGAACCGAACGCCCACAUUGGGCUUUGCGUUGGUGGUACUCUUCCAAGCUGCCACGAUUUUUGUGGCAUUUCUGGAUCUUGCUGGGUUGCAGCAUCGAGAGAUCAUUACAGUUCAGAUUGUGAGCAUUCUUCCGUCCUUGGCGACGGCCUUGGAGGUGAGUCUCAGCCCGCGCGACGAGCAAGGGAAGCUGCUGCCACAUCAGGACUUCCGACUCUCGCCCAUCAGCUUCCUUUGCCACGCCAUAUGGCUGGAGCUCUGGUUGCGCAUCGCUUGGCCCAGUGGUGCAGAGGAGAAGCUGGCCCAGCUGCCUCGGCGCUUCCGGCAGGUGCUUUUUCUGGAUCCCUUUGGCGAUGUCUUUUGGGAUCCCAACCAGACCGGCAUGUCCCUGUUCGAAGCCCUGAAUGCCGAGAAAGACACCGAGCAAGCUGCUGCCAUACAGGGGGCACACGAUGCUGCCUGUGCAGCUACCUCGCAGCUUACAGUGGCGCAGUGCGCGCUGCGGAGGUGGCAAUCUGUGCCCAGCUGGUGCUGUUCUCAUGCUCAACGGGCUGAGUUGGCUCGCCUCGAGAGUCGUCGCACCAAGUGCGGAGGUGCCAUAUGUAGCGAGCUGGAGAGGC